AUGCUCGUCACCAGCACUUUCGCGGCUCUCGUUACCGCUGCGGUGGUCGCUGCUCAGACAACGACGAAUGCCCGGGUAGAUCUAUUGACGAAUGUCAGGCCGGAGCUUGGUUUUGCUGCUUACACACCCGAGGAUAAAGUGCUUGUGGCCCAACAGGCACAGGAAUUGUUGAGCAUUUAUGUCAAUCAAGAGUCGAAGAUCCAGCAGUACGGUGUCGACGCCCAAGCUGGCAUUGCGGCGAUCGUCCCCACGGUUGGAAAUAUGACGGAUAAAGAAUUUCACUACACGUUGGCCAAGCAUUUCCUUUCUCUUCGCGACUUCCACACAAACUACUACAUUCCGGGUCAGCAUAGCUGCUUCAGUUUUAUGACACCUUACUUGUUUGACUUUGUUCAGAGCAACGACAUCGUAAAUGAGCCCACGGUAGCCGUUCGGUUCGUCGCUCAGGAUGCUACGUUCCGAAAACUGGUGCCCAAGGAUGCGUUGGACGUCAAGCCAGGAGAUCUACUUGUAUCCGUCAAUGGGAAAACCUUCAGGGAGCACUGGGUGCAGACGCAAAAUAUGACUGGUGGCGCAAACCAAUUUGGAGGUUACAGGGCUGCCCUGAGGUUGUUGACCUCUAUGUCUGGAGGGACGCAUCCUGUGCCCGAGAGCGAUCAGGUUAAUUUCGUGUUUAAGCAAGCGAAUGGUUCGCUGUACAAUGUCACAGUGCCGUAUAUUGCUGUGGCAGAUCGCGACUGCUUGGCAGAUGCUCCGGGAGGUGGUUCGGGAGGUGGUCCGAAAGGUGGUACUUCCUUUGCGCCUCCUCCAACACGACCAUCAAAACGACCAAAGUUCAAUCCAAAACUACCCCUUGCUAUUAUGCCUGACCUGGGCGACAAUGAGAUUGCCGGAAUAGUGUUUCCCGACGAUUACGCAAACUACAAUCUAAGAGCCACGGCCUCAGGGAUUGUGAAGUGGACCAUUUACAACAACAACAAUGCCAACCUCGGUUUCAUCCGUCUUGCGUCGUUCACCGAGGUCGAUGUAGAACCCAAGGUAGCUGUCAACGCAAUUCGGGAUUUGUUGGUGAAUGAGCUCAAGGAUACCGCAGGUCUGGUCAUAGACGUUCGCGGUAACGGUGGAGGGUACAUUGUCACGGCCGACACGAUCCCCCAAUUCUUCGUGGCCGACUACGAACCAACUACCGCUCGCGCGCUGAUCUCUGAUAACAACGAGCAGAUCUUUGUCGAAAAGGGUGCAGAAGGACAGGACUGGAAAGCUACGUAUCUUACCGCCAACCCUGGGGACAAGUACACUGGCACUGUUUCUUUCACGUCCAAGGAGACCGCCAACAAGAUAGGACAAUUGUACCUGAAACCCGUGGCUGUCUUCAACAAUGCCAAGUGCUACUCCGCCUGUGAUAUGUUCAGUGCAGGCAUGCAGGACCAUGAAGCCGCUCUUAUUAUCGGUGAGGAUGCCACGACUGGCGCUGGUGGUGCCAAUGUCAUUGAACACCGAUCAUAUCUGGAGGAGGUACUUCCGGAGGUGUAUUUGCCCCUCCCCUACCAAAAACCGGGCGAACCUCUUCGUUACGGUGCCCCUGACAUGCGUAUCGCCUGGAGACAGAGCGUCCGUGUCAAGAAGAAUGCUGGAAAGUUGAUCGAAGACAUAGGAAUUAUCAGCGAUACUGUGGUCCGUCCGGUACCAAGUGACUUUGCUGAGGCAGAAAAGGGCGUGUUGACGCAGUUGGAUGUUAUUGCACAAAAGCUGCAACAGUAUGGAGCAGCUACUGGAAAGAGAGGACUUUACUUCCAAUCACCUCUCAAUGCACAACGACUCACCCCCGCCAGCCAACUCCGUUUCAGGUACGACUCCCAAUACAUCAGAUACCUCGAACUUCGUAAUGCCACCGACGUAGUGGUUGGCACGUCCGUUCCAUACCCCUUCUCCGUCCGCAGCACCGGUUACCUCAAUGAUACACAGACUGCAACAGCACUCGGCAAUUUCAAGUACACCAUUGUCGGUUAUGGUAACGACAAUAACCAGGUCCUGAAAACCAACCGUGUCCUCAGUGUCGUCCCCGACGCGUCGCAGUUCUUGAAUAUCACAACGGGAACAAAUUACACCUACAGGACCAGUGAGUCUCUGGCAUUUAGCGGUGUAUACAACACGGACACGGCCCCCGAGAAUGGGUGGAUUGUUCAAAACAACACUAUUACGGUCGGCAAUGGGGUACAGUACGCUGAUGAUGUUGAGACUCUUUUCACAAUCUUCACAAAUAUUGCAACGGGCACCAACGCGACGUUGACGACUAGCUACAGUUGCCAAACCGAAACUGGAUCCGAUUACUUGACUGUGUUUGCCAGAGCAGUUGAUGCCAAUGGUGGCGGUGAGGAGAAAGAGCUUUUGAAAGUGUCUGGCGCUGAUAACCAGGCGAAGACCGUCUCGUUGGCGGGAUUGACUGGCAAUGUCGAGAUUGGGUUCAGGUUCAGUUCCGACAGUGGAAGGAGUGACCUGGGUGUUACCGUCCAAACUAUUUCUAUCGCAGCUUGA